GCUGUGUUGGUGCUAGGUAUACGCUCUAAAGAGCUGUUAAAAAGCACAGUAAUGCCUACCAGUGGAAGCAUCAAAGGACUUGUCGAGCGACUGGAGGACGGGGAAACUGUCAUAGUGGCAGAAGGUUAUCUGUUUGAACUACAGCGCCGAGGUUAUCUGAAAGCCGGGGCCUAUGUUCCAGAAGUGGUUCUCGAGCAUCCGGAUUUGGUCAAAAAUCUGUAUCGCGAAUUCGUGCAUGCUGGAAGUGACGUGGUACUGGCGUUCACGUAUUACGCUCAUCGCGAGAAACUGCGUCUGAUUGGUCGAGAAGAUGACCUGGAGAAACUCAACAAAACUGCUCUGCGCAUGGCACGCGAGGUCGCCGAUGAAACGGGAACGCUAAUGGCGGGAAAUAUUUGUAAUACUAAUUUGUAUCUUAAAGAUGACCCUGACUCAAUAUCAACAGUUCAGUCAAUGUUCAAAGAACAAAUUGAAUGGGCCGUUGAGGGCGGAGCUGAUUACAUCGUUGGAGAAACAUUUGGAUCAUUGGGCGAAGCAAUGCUAGCGUUACAGUCCAUUAAGGAACAUGGAAAAGGAUUACCCGCAGUUAUUACACUAGCUACGCACUUGUAUGAAAUAGAAGGCGAGUGCGCCACCAACGACAAUGUUUCGAUGUCUGACGCAUGUAAGCAACUGCAAGAUUCUGGUGCUGCAGUAGUUGGUGUCAACUGCACAAGGGGACCAAAGACGAUGAUACCUGUCGCACAGUGUAUCAAAAACAAAUGCACGAUUCCAGUAGCAGCUCUACCGGUUGCUUACAGAACCACCGACAAAGAGCCGAGUUUUCAGUCGCUGACUGAUCCACAGACAGGAAAACGAGUGUUUCCAAUCAAUUUAGAUUGCACACAGUGUUGCCAAGACGACAUGAUUGAGUUUGGACAUCAAUGUAAAGAUCUUGGUUUACAAUAUGUAGGAAUUUGUUGCGGCAAUUCAUCUUCUCUCACUCGAUCUCUGGCAGAGAGUCUUGGUCGUCAACCUCCUGCAAGUCGCUACUCCCCCGACAUGUCUAAGCACUAUGCCUAUGGCACGCAUCCAUCGCUGAAGAAAUUCAACACGGAGAAGUUGGAAAGGGAUGGUACGAUUCUUCUCAGCACGGUAUCUGGUCAGUUUCCCGGUGCAUGUGGUUUGCGAUACAGCGUACAGCAACGUGAUGGUUCAGUGUAUAGAGACAUCCGACUGGAUCACGGUGUUUUAUAUCCACCAGACAGUGGGUGGCGCGGCCUUAAGUUAUUGAUCGUCUAUAGUGCUGAUAAAAAGGGAACAACGAAAGCAGAUAUUGUAAAUUCACAACUUCUAGAUGGUGCCACUGGCAGCAAAUCAAUUUCUGGUAUUACCAAAUGUGUUGAUGAGAAUGAGUACUAUAUGGCAGGGCAAAUGUUAGCCAUUUCGAUUGUACAUGGAGAUCCAAAUUCUGACCUUGACAAGGUGCAUGAUGUAUUGAAUCAAAAUACUAGCCUGGAGAACCUUAUUGAAUUGGCUGGGACCUGGAGAUUGGUUUCACAUGAAGAAGACAAGGAAGAUAUGAUUCUUGCCACAGUUAAAUGGUAUAUGUAUGGAAGGAACCGACCAGCAUUUGACCAAUUCCGAGAUGGACUAUCGACACUAGGUGUUCUCAAAGCAAUCCAGCAGUACCCUGGGAGUUUCAAAGCUGUUUUCUGUGAGGCUGCUCUUCCCCUUACGGCUGCUAUGUUUGAAAACAAAGAGACUGUAUUGUAUACCAGAAGUGAAAUUGGCUCGAAUAAAUACAACCUUGAGAGCAACAUAUUAGGAUAUUUUGCUGAUUUUCUUCAGGCUGCAGAAGAAGAACUGAAUAUAACACUAAGUCAAAUACUGAUGUUUAGCACAGGAUUAAAGGAAUGGGUAUAUGGAACACGGCUAGAAAUUCAGUUCCUGCAUGAUAAAGAGCUAGGCAAAGAUGGUGCAGAGGGAGAGCUCUCUCGAUUUCCAAAGGCCAAUACGUGCAGCUGUAUCCUACAUUUGCCUGUUGUAUAUAGGUCUUAUGAGAACUUUAUUCAGGAUAUGGUGUUUGGAAUUGUUCAUGCCAAAGGUUUUGGCUAUGCAUAA